CCAUGUUCCCUUUUGACCAAAUGUGGGAAUGCCAAUUAAUCUGCCGUGCCGAUUUGGGCUCUGAAAGAACACCUUGGUGGGCGUACCGCGUUUUAAAUUCUUAGUACUUUCUGAUCCCGAACAUGAGACAGAGAGAGACUCGAUCAUUGUUAACAAUGAACUAGUCCAAACCCAGAAGUAGAACACCUACAUAUGCAAAGAAAUGGCAAGCUGUGCAGUUCACGGUGGCUGUGUCAGCGACUACAUAGCCGUCACUGUUUCAGCCAUUUGCUUCAUUCUGCUUGUUUCGCGGUUAAUUUUUCCCUUUGUGGUUCACAAACUUCCUUGUGCGAAGCGAAGUGGCUUUUGGAUUCCAGUGAUUCAAGUUUUCGCCAGCUUCAACCUUGUGUUAUCAAUUGUGAUGUCUCUCAAUUUCCUGAAAUUUGAAAAGAGACAUUGGUGGCAGUCUUGCUACGUCUGGGCAGUCUGGAUUGAAGCUCCACUUGGCUUUGGUUUGCUGCUGAGCUGUCGCAUAUCACAGGCCUUUCAACUAUAUUAUAUUUUUGUCAAGAGGUGUCUGCCACCAAUCAGAUCAUAUGUUUUCAUUCCACUAAUUCUCUCGCCAUGGAUUACUGGAGCUGCAUUUAUCCAUAUCACAAAGCCUCUAAAUCAUCGGUGCCACAUGGGGGCUCAGUGGAUCAUUCCGUCUAUGUCCCUCCACACAACAUAUGUUGCCAUUUUGGUUGCUUUCACUUGUGCUAUUCGGCAUAUAGAGUUCAGGUUUGACGAACUCAGAGACCUCUGGCAGGGAAUACUUGUCUCGGCCUCUUCUAUUGGAGUAUGGGUGGUUGCAUACGUUUUGAAUGAAAUUCAUGAUGAUGUCUCAUGGCUUCAAGUUGCCUCCAGAUUUGUGCUCUUAGUAACGACAAGCAUUCUUGUAUUAGCUAUCUUUUCGAUAUCAAGUUCACAACCUCUUCUAUCGCAAAUCAGCUUGAGGAAAAGGGAACCUCGAGCAUAUGAGUCAAUGGGUCAGGCUCUGGGAAUACCUGACAGCGGACUGUUAGUGCAAAGGGAACCAGCAUGUGUCGUAGAUCCUAAUGAACCACUUGAUAAACUUCUUCUAAACAAAAGAUUCCGCCAGUCAUUCAUGGCAUUUGCAGAUAGUUGUUUGGCAGGGGAGAGUGUCCAUUUUUUUGAGGAAGUGCAUGAACUCAGUAAAAUACCUGUGGAUGACCCUGUAAGAAGAAUUUACAUGGCACGCCAUAUCAUUGACAAGUACAUAAUUGCAGGGGCGGCAGUGGAGGUGAACAUCUCUCACAGAACCAGACAAGAGAUCUUGACUACUUCCAACCUGGCACAACCAAAUCUUUUUAGUGACGCGUUAACUGAGCUAAUACACUUGAUGAAAAUGAACUUGGCAAGAGAUUACUGGUCAUCUAUGUUCUUUGUGAAGUUGAAAGAAGAAGUCAGUAUGAGAUCUGGGGCCCAAGAACUGGAACAGAUGAGAGGUUGGAACUACUCUCCCAGGUUGAGUUCUGUACAUGGUGGUGAUGAUCCAUUUCACCAAGAACAAGAACCACUUUCGAUUGAUUCUGGCUGCAACACUGAAGACCAUGAUGAUGAACCAAGAAUCAUGAGUAGAUUUUUAUGAAUGGUAAAUUCGAUCAUACGAAGGGAUCAUGUAUUCAUAGUGUUAAAUGUAGCUUACCUUCCCACUUCUGUACAUAGAUGCAUUUUUCAUAAGUUAUAAAAUGAAAAAAAUAAAAAUAAAUAAAUGAAAACAACAACAAAAACAAAAAGCUUACGAUUU